CCUCAUCUGAAUGUUCAUUGGUUACAGGCAAUCAUGCCAACCAAUGGAGUAAUUUUUGCUGUCAUCAUUGCUUCCGGGUGUUUUCUUGGAAGAAGAGCCUUUUAGAUCUGAUGAUCUUUUAUUUUCAAAGAAAAAUCUAAAAGGUUUCGGUCAUUUUCACGUUUUCAAAAUGAACAGGAUAUUUGGACGGAGUAAGGGAAAAGAUGCUCCUCCAAAUCUGUCGGACUGCAUUGGGAAUGUGGACGCCAGGGCAGAGUCCAUCGAUAAAAAGACUGCCAGACUGGAUGCAGAACUACUGAAGUACAAAGAUCAAAUGAAAAAGAUGAGAGAUGGACCCUCAAAGAAUAUGGUGAAACAGAAGGCAUUGAGAGUACUUAAACAGAAGAGGAUGUAUGAAGGCCAGCGGGAUCAGCUAGCUCAGCAGUCGUUCAACAUGGAGCAGGCAAACUACACCAUCCAGUCGCUGAAAGACACCAAAACCACGGUGGAAGCCAUGAAGAUCGGUGCUAAGGAGAUGAAAAGGGCUUACAAGGACGUCAAACUGGAUCAGAUUGAAGACCUCCAGGACCAGCUGGAGGACAUGAUGGAGGAUGCCGGUGAGGUGCAGGAGUCGCUGAGCCGCAGCUACGGCACGCCGGAGAUAGACGAGGACGACCUGGAAGCAGAGCUGGACGCCCUGGGAGACGAGCUCCUGCUGGACGAUGACAACACGUACCUGGACGAGGCCUCUGCCUCCCCGGCCAUCCCUGAGGGAAUGCCCAGCGACAGCAAGACCAACAAGGAUGGUGUUUUGGUGGAUGAAUUCGGACUUCCACAGAUUCCGGCCACAUAAAAAGAAGACUGAUGAAAUAAGCAGUGCACCAUUAGACUGAAAACACUUUUUUUAUAUGUAGAGUAACAUUUAUACAGGCAGAUCAGGUUGAGUUCAGAACACUAAAGUAUUGAACACUAAAGUUGUCUUGUACGGUCAUUACUAAUAACAUGUUAGCAUGUGGCCUUGUAAUAUAUAGUUCUGCUUGUUUUUUUCCAUAUCCUAAUACCUAUUUUCCUUGUCUUUUAGUUGUCUUAUUUGCAGUAUUAUUCCAUUUUAAGUUAUCAUGUGUUGACUAAUUUUUAGUAGUGAAGAAAUUCAUGAGGGCCAGUCAAAACAUUUAUUUACUUUUGUGGAAAUUAUGGAAUUGGUUUCCAUUUUGUAUGUGUGUGUGAUUGUAUGACACCACUAAAAUAAAAUAUGCAUUUAAUUUCACAUUGAAUUAAUGUUGAUUAUUUGUAUUCAAUAUUCUUUCUAGCAAGGACGUUCUUCCUCUCUUCUUUUUUCGUUGUACAUUUUGCUAGAUACACUUUUAUACAUGUGUAUAUAGUACAUAUUUGAUUAAACUAUAUCACACCAUGAUUCCCUCCUGUAAACAAUACACAGUUGCCCACAGGAUGGUUAAGGUGCUGGACUCAUUAUCUAAUCAUAAUACUCUGCUACUGGGAGUGAUGCAAAAGGAAGAGCAAUUGCAUGUUUAAUAAAAAUAAAAAAAAGUCUA